AUGUGGCCGCGUGUGGCGCUGCUUCUGCUGUGCAGCGGGCAGCUGGCGUUCGGGGUGCUGCCAGACGAGGCAGCUGCAGCCGCCAACCUCACCACCUCCAACGAGACUGUCACCGACCAUGUGCCCGAGAAGGACCGCUCUCCCCCGAGGACAUUUUCACGAUGGAGCAGCGACGCAGGGGGCCGUGAUUGUGCACAUUAUCGGCUUGUGUACAUGUUCGUGGCGCUGGCGAUUGUGUGUGACGAGUUCUUCGUGCCGGCGUUGGACGUGGUCAUCGAGAAACUCGACAUCGCUGAGGAUGUGGCAGGUGCGACGUUCAUGGCGGCCGGAGGAUCGGCACCCGAGCUGUUCACGAGCGUAAUCGGCGUGUUCGUGUCGUUCGACGACGUCGGCAUCGGUACCAUCGUCGGCUCUGCCGUCUUCAACAUCCUGUUCGUGAUCGGCAUGUGCGCGCUGUUCUCGCGAACCGUCCUCACGCUCACCUGGUGGCCCCUGUUCCGCGACUGCUCCUUCUACUCAAUCUCCCUCAUUACACUCAUCAUCUUCUUCCGCGACAACCACAUCCACUGGUAUGAGGCUGCCGUGCUCUUCUCCUUCUACCUGGCCUAUGUCUCCUUCAUGAAGUUCAACCAGCCGGUCGAGCGCUUCGUCAAAAAGCACCUUUACAAGAACAGGGUAACCCGUGUUCGCAGCACCGAUCAGCUCAUGCCAUCGCACCAGACUGCGGUCCAAUCGCUGCACGGCAAUGCAGCCACGUCGAGCGAGACUAGUGUGGGGGGAGGGGCGGGGAGCUCGGGCAGCGGGGUGCCGGUAGGGGGGGGAUCGUCCAGGGGGGCCCCGCCUCAGGGCAACAAGUUUCGACAUGGACUGUUGCAGCUCAUGAUUCACACCAUUGAUCCGCUUCACGAUGGUAAAGUGGACGAGAAGGCGACGCAGCUGCAUGCGAUAGCGUCGCUCAAAGUGCUGUUGGACGCGACGAAACCGCACAACGGAGCGGCCAGCAGUUCGGCCGCCAAUCACGUCGACAAAGCGCUCGAAACGCAAUUGGCUCAGUCCGAGGCCAAUGGCGUCGCUCUCAACGCUCAAAUCGAUCCGAUGGACGAUGAAGAUGAAGGCAACGAGCCAUUGGACAUGGGUUGGCCAGACUCAGCGAGAAAAAGGCUCACUUACCUGUUGGUAGCUCCAAUCGUCUUCCCUUUGUGGUUAACACUUCCUGACACCAGAACACCAAGAGUUUUUCCUAUAACAUUUAUAGGAAGUAUACUGUGGAUCGCAGCCUACUCCUACCUCAUGGUCUGGUGGGCCAAUGUGGCUGGUGAUACAUUCAGCAUCCCUCCAGAAGUCAUGGGACUUACAUUUCUAGCCGCUGGUACUUCGAUACCAGAUCUUAUCACCAGUGUCAUUGUCGCGAGGAAAGGCUUUGGUGAUAUGGCCGUGUCUUCUUCUGUUGGAAGUAACAUUUUUGAUGUUACUGUUGGGUUGCCAGUGCCUUGGUUGCUGUAUGGGCUGAUAUACGGCACUCCGGUGGAGGUGAACAGUGUGGGAAUGGUGUGCUCUAUCUCCAUCCUCUUCCUGAUGCUCCUCUUUGUUAUAAUGUCGAUUGCUUGCUUCCAUUGGAAGAUGAACAAGAGUCUGGGCUUCACCAUGUUCCUGCUCUACUUUGUCUUUGUUGCGGUGUCUCUCAUGUUCGAGUACAAAGUCUUGGUAUGUCCAUUUUAGGUUGCUGCUAGAGAUUGCACGCACACAUUCACACCAAUAACAAAUUAUAUUAUAUUUUAUUUGAGAAAGCUCAUAUACAUAAUAAUAUAAAUUAGAAUAAUUCUGUGAUUGAGGAAUUAUUAAGUGGUUUUUAUAAAGUAAUUAAAAGUUUUAAUUAUAAUAGAGAAUAUUGUGAAUUCUAGAUCUGUAAUAUAUUUUAGCUAUUUUUACAUAUCCUACAGUUAAGCGUUAUGAAUGAUGAAAAUUAUUGUUAUGAAUACUCACUACGAGAAAUGUUUAUCCAUGAUGUUGUACUACUUAGAAUGUGCUCUUGUUCAUCUCAUCUCAUUCAAACCUCAAGAUUCUAAUAUAACACUUGGUUAUUUAUUCAUUU